AUGGAUCUUCACGCACCCAUGGUUGUCCAUGGCUACGAGCAUGCUCCGCUUUUGGAGGUGGAAGGCAUUGACCCUCACAGCCCCCAGCAGAAGGUCCUCAUCCACCAGCCCAUCCAGAGCCAGGAGUUGAUGAGCACGGAUCACAGGAAUGGAGAGUACGAUUUUGCAGAUGAGCAGUACCACGCCCAUAGCAGUAACCAAAGUGGAGACGUGUGUGCCGUCAAGCUGGAGGGCCAAAGCAAGGCCACUUUUGCGGCCCUUUUUGGGCUGAGGGCUGGUGGUGGAGUGGACUUGUCCGCCGCUUACAGAUACAAUCAGAAUAUGAUGGAAUAUUAUACAUGCCAUGGUGGCGUCAACCAACUAGGCGGUGUUUUUGUAAAUGGAAGACCUUUACCCGACGUGGUUAGACAACGGAUCGUAGAAUUGGCGCACAGUGGUGUGCGACCGUGCGACAUAAGCCGACAACUUCGGGUAUCGCACGGAUGUGUCUCAAAAAUACUCUCUAGGUACUAUGAAACCGGUAGCUUCAAAGCCGGCGUGAUAGGCGGUUCCAAGCCCAAGGUGGCGACCCCUCCAGUGGUAGAUGCCAUCGCCGCCUACAAACGUGAGAACCCUACCAUGUUCGCGUGGGAGAUCCGCGACAGACUGCUCAGUGAGGGUAUUUGCAGUCAAGACAAUGUACCCUCAGUUUCCAGUAUUAAUAGGAUUGUUCGUAAUAAAGCAGCAGAGAAGGCGAAACACGCUCACAAUCAGCAGCAACAGCAGCAGCAAGAACAAGAGAUCAGUUCCGCUCAAGGCAGUGUCGUUUCUGUGAUAACCCACGCUGGUAACGCUGGAACAACAGCCGUUCUAUCACCAACAACGGAGCAACACGUCACAAAUAGUGGUAGCUACAGCAUCAAUGGAAUCCUUGGUAUUGAACAAGUGGAGAGCCUUCAUAACGGGAACGGGUUGAAGAGAAAGAGACACGAAGACCAGGAUGAGAACAGAGACUUCAACAGUCAUUCGGAAGACGACGUGAAGAGACAGAGAAGUCAUUACAAUGGAGACCAAAUAUAUUCUAACUUAUGGACAUCAUCGAAGUGGAGCUUAAAAGACGAGUACAAGCUUUUGUCGGAGUUGGGCGGAAGCACUGGCUACUAUGGCGAGUUGUUUGAGGCGCCCUAUGAGCAUGCAGCACAUCCGCACUAUGCGCCACAUUCUGCAGCCACGAACGACUCAACAGGGUCUACAGCGGGCGCUGGCGAGCCACCCUCGGCAGCUGGCAGUCCUGAUGCAGCCGCCCUCGUCGUCUUACAGCCGCCGGCGCCGCCCUACCCGCCCUACGCACAUUACGAUGGUACAGCAACACUAGCCAGCGAGUAUGCGUACGCCGCGCCCUAUACACAAUAUUCUCCAUAUGGAGGGCCCUACUCGCAUUCUGCAGCCACGGGUCUACUCUCCAAGUGUGUUUGCAAAGAAUAUUUGUGCAAAGGCAUACAUUCGCUGUCCAAAAACUUAUCAAGUGAAGUUGGGAAUAAAGAAACGACAAAUAGCAGUCCCAUCAAAGAUGAUGCAGUCCGUAUCAAAUCAUGUGUUACUGUCAGUAAGAAAGAAAGUAUGAAAUCAGAUAAUGGAAGCAUUAAAACUCCUGUUUCAGCGUGUGUAAGCGCUAGUGAAGUACCAAAAGAAUCGACUUGUCCUGACCCACCGUUAGAAAAGAACAGCAGCUGUUGCUGUUGUAAUACUAAUCCGCCGUGCAUCGAAAGACCGAAAUGCCCACCUCCGUUGACAGCGUGCCAAAAAAAGCCAGAUAUUUGUGAUAAGACUAUGAAAAAAGCUAACGAAUGCAAAUUGAAAGUUUGCGUAACCAAGUGUGUCAGAGAUAACGUCAAGAAAAUUAAGAAAGACCAAAGCCACUGUGAAACCGUUAUUGGAGUAAUUCCGUCGAACAACCCAAAAGAUAAAACCAUAUUUUAUCCAUUACAGAGACUUAAAGAGAGGGGUGCUAUAGUCUGCGAGCAGAAGAAAAGCAGCGUUCAGGAUUUUGUUGAGAAGAAGUCAGAAUCCAUAACGGGAAUGACUAACAAUAUAGGUAGUUUUCUCUGUAGGGCCUACAAUAAGACAAGAGAGGUAAUCGGGAUGCCGGCUACAAGUAGUUGUGGAAACCAAAGUAAAACUGAGGAUAUCGAAACGAGUGACAAAUCAUGCGGUGGUCGAUCCCCUAAAAAGAAAUGUUCAGUGAAAAAAUGUACAUACGAAAAUGACAGUGAACAUGAAGUUGGUAUUGAUAUAAAAAAGUUGAGUUCACAUAGGGUUUACGAGUUUCAACACCCGGUGGAGAUAGCUUACGACAAAAUUCGUGAUACGGUCAAAACUUCACUUUCUUCUAUGAAUGAAAGAAGUUAUUUCGAAAAUUUGGUGGAUAUUGUGACGUUACCAAGACCUGAGGAGAGCUCUCCAUACGACGUGCCCACCGACCCACCUACACCUCCUCAGGAAACUAUCCUCCCUCCGCCCACACCUCCAAGAAAAGAAACGCAUCAAAGCGAUAUUACACCAGUGCACAGCGGCGUCAUUUCAUCCGUGAAAAAUAAAAUAUGUUCCAUAUUUCGUAGGAAGAAAUCAGCAAAUAGCCUCCCAUCUGAAGAAUCUGAGGAAGAAGUAGAUGAUAAUAAUUGCGAAUAUUAA